AUGUCUUCUACUCCUCAUAUUGGACCAUGGAGAACCCCAGCUGAGGGUCAUCUCACUCCAGAUGCCAAUGGAGAUCUUAAAACCGAUUACUCACGCUGGCGAUUGGUUGAUGAGGAAGGCCGUCAAACAUGGCGGUAUCUCGAAUCCGAUGAGGAAAACCAAAAGUGGCCACAGUCAAUAGCUGAUAAAUAUCACUUAGGAUUGCCAACGGGUCUUCCAGAGCUGCCAGAGGCCAAGACACCAUUGAAAGCUGCCGAGAAUGGGCUUUCUUUCUUCUCGCAUUUGCAACUGGAGCCUGGAAACUGGGCCUGCGAGUAUGGCGGUCCCAUGUUCUUGCUGCCGGGUAUCUUGAUCACCUACUAUGUGACCAAUACCCCUAUUCCGCCCGAGUAUGCAACGGAGAUCAAGCGUUACCUAUUUGCCCGUCAGCACCCAGAGGACGGUGGAUGGGGUCUGCAUAUUGAAGCCCACAGCUCCGUCUUCGGUACUUGUAUGAAUUAUGUGGCGCUGCGCUUGGUCGGUGUCAGCGAAGAAGACCCGCGCAUGAUCAAAGCCCGAGGCCUUCUGCAUAAAUUUGGAGGUGCCAUUUACGGUCCUCACUGGGCUAAGUUCUGGCUCAGUAUUCUGGGUGUGAUGGAAUGGGAAGGCGUCAACCCAGUUCCCCCUGAGAUUUGGCUUCUUCCUGAUUGGGUUCCCUUUGCUCCUUGGCGGUGGUGGAUUCACAUGCGUCAGGUGUUCCUCCCAAUGUCCUGGCUGUGGUCUAAGCAAUGGUCUCACCCCCUGGAUGACUUGACAAGACAGCUACGCGAAGAGCUAUACACUCAGCCAUACAGCUCUGUCGAUUUUGCUGCGCAUCGCAAUUCUAUUCACGAGGCAGACAAUUAUUAUCCCAAGACGUGGGUGUUGAAUGCAGCCAAUGAGGUGCUGGUUCGGCUCUGGAGCCCUUACCUUCGACACCCUAGUAUCGUUAAGCGAGCCGAGGAAUGGACCUGGGAGUUGAUUCGCAUGGAGGACGAAAACACCAAAUAUGCGGGGCUGGGACCCGUUAAUAACCCAAUGAACAUGGUGGCUUGCUUUAUCCACGACGGCCCUGACAGUUACUCUGUCCGUCAACAUAGGGAGCGGUUGAAUGACUACAUGUGGGUAAAGGGCGAGGGCAUGCUCGCAAAUGGCACCAAUGGCGUGCAAGUUUGGGACACAGCAUUCAUCACCCAGGCGAUCGUCGUCGCUGGUUUCGCCGACGAGCCCAAAUGGCGGCCGAUGUUGACAAAGGCUCUCGAGUUCCUUGAGGACCAUCAAUUACGAGAGAACGUGCCAGAUCAAGAUAAAUGCUACCGCCAACACCGUAAGGGCGCUUGGCCAUUCAGCACCAAGGACCAAGGCUACACAGUCAGCGACUGCACUGCCGAGGGUCUCCGGUCAACACUUCAGCUGCAGGAGAUGCACGGCUUCCCUAAGCUAAUUUCCGAACAACGGUUGAAGGAUGCUGUUGACUGUCUUUUACUCAUGCAAAACCCAAGUGGCGGCUUCUCCGAGUACGAAAGUACCCGUGCCUCACCCAAGGUUGAGUGGCUCAAUGCCGCAGAAGUCUUUGGCGGAAUCAUGAUCAGCUACGACCACCCUGAAUGCACAACAGCAUCUGUUACGGCCCUGUCACUUUUCAGCAAAUUCUACCCCAAAUAUCGCGCUGACGAAAUCCGUGCCGCCAAGCAGAAGGCUGUGGCCCACAUCAAGCACGUACAGCGGCCCGACGGUAGCUGGUAUGGCUCUUGGGGUAUUUGUUUCACCUACGCAGCAUUGUUCGCCCUCGAAAGUCUGGCCAGUGUCGGCGAGACAUAUGAAACGAGCGCCGACUCUCGUCGGGGCUGUGACUUCCUGAUCGAGAAGCAGCAGGCUGAUGGUGGCUGGGGUGAGUCAUAUCUAAGUAGCGCAACCCAUAAGUAUGUUCAGCACGAGAAGUCCCAGGUGUGUCAGACUGCCUGGUCCCUUAUCGGACUUAUGGAGGCGGGCUAUCCUCACAAGGAACCAUUGGAGAGAGGCGUCAAACUGUUGAUGUCUCGCCAGCAGCGGAAUGGCGAGUGGCUGCAGGAGUCGAUUGAGGGUGUAUUCAACCAGUCUUGCAUGAUCUCGUAUCCCAACUACAAGUUCUACUGGCCUAUUCGUGCCUUGGGCUUGUAUACUAAUCCAAGUGCAUCAAUUCAAGACCCUAAGUUUGUCGCCAUGAAUGCUGCAGCUAACGGUGACAAGGCUUCUGCCGCGUCCAACUACCCCGUUGCUAUCCAACACUACACCCACGCCUUGAGCGAGCUACCCCGCGCCCCGGCAUACUACAUUUCACGAUCGACGGCCUAUUCGCGCCUCAAGCCCGCAGAUGGUGGACCCAACUAUCAGGCUGCUCUUAACGAUGCUGAAAUUGCGCUCCAACUCGCUAGAGACCGUGGAAACCGCGAGUUAAUCCUCUCUGCUCAGAUGCGUCGUGCCGUCUCACUCUACCAACUUGAACGAUAUGGAGAUGCAGGAUUUCUUUUCGACAUCCUCGCGGAGAAAACAAAGAGCAACAAAGCCCCAGAGAAUAAAUCGGAGCAGGUCCAGGCUGCCAUGGCCCCAGCAUCCGGAUUGGGAGGCUCCAAAAACAACUACAGCACCCAGAUGCCGAUUUGGAUUGCUAAACUUCAACGAAAGCAGGCGGAGUUACAUAAGGAUGAUCCCAAGCUUGCUGUCUCUAUUGCCGAGUACCCAUCCUCCACCCAUAUUCCCACUGCAGGGGAGGCCAAGGCUCAGUGGGAGGCCCUCAAGGCUGGCACCCCCAAGCAGGCGGCUGAGCCAGAACGAGCGACAGAGCCCACAGUUAAAGCUGAGGCUGCUAAGGUUGCUCAAAAUCUAAACCUAAUCACCAGUGCUACGGCUACUCCUGCUGUCCCGGAGAAGGUUCGCCACGAGUGGUAUCAGUCGCAGGACGCUGUGGUUUUCUCGAUCAACUUCCCCCUCCCAUCUGGCUCUGAAUACGACUUCACCCUCGACCCGCUCUAUGCAGCUAUCAAUCCCGCCGAGUCCAAGUUCUCAGUCAAGAGCACCAAAAUUGAAAUCAAUUUGCGAAAGGAGACUCCCGGCCAGAAAUGGAGUGCUCUCGAAGGCUCAGCCAACCCCACUGAGAUCACAGACCGUCCAGCAGAGCAAAAGGCGCCAGCUACCUCGGGCCCUUCGUACCCCACCUCGUCACGACACGGAACCAAGGAUUGGGAUAAGCUCGCAUCUUCGCUCACUGGAAAGAAGUCAGAUGACAAAGGGGGUGAUGGAAACGCAUCGGAUGAGGAAGGUGAUGCUGUCGACGGGUUCUUCAAGAAGUUGUAUGCCGGAGCUGACCCAGAGACACGCCGGGCUAUGAUCAAAAGUUACACCGAAAGCCAGGGAACAGCCCUGAGCACAAACUGGUCUGAGGUCGCGAAGGGUAAAGUAGACGCUCACCCUCAAUGA